AAUUGAGAGCUUGCAUUUUGGUUUUCCUAGAUACCUUAGUGUCAUAACUCAAAUUUUAAUAGAAUUUUAUUUUUAUUUUAACUAAUAUAUUUUGUCUUUGUUUUACUUGUUAGGUUCAUUCAAAACAUGGGGGCAAAAAGGAAAUUUUACGAAGAAGAUUGGAAAAGAAGAUGAGAGAAAGGACUCAAUUGAAGAAAUGGAAAGUUGGAGAGAACCUGCGCACCAGCUCCCGCACCAGAUUCCCUCACCCCAGCGCCCUGAGCCCGCGCCUCACGCCCUGCGCCCUGCGGCCCGAACCCAGGUCCCCUGCACGCCCGAGCCCUGCUCUGCACCAGAUCGCCUGCACUCUGCUUGCCCUGCUGCGCCCCACUGCCGGCAAUGAUGCCCCUGCACACCGAGCCUGCACUCUCCCCUCUGCGCGCCUGAUCCUGCAAUCACGCCCCUGUUGCUUGCACGCCAGUCACUGCUGCUGCACCGCGCCUGCACUCCUGCUCGCUACAGUACAUGCCAGACGAAAUCUUCAUCAUUACUGAUUGACAGGAGCAAGUCUUUUUAUUUAUUUUAUUUUUUUAUUUGGGUAUAUAUAUAUGGAAAAAAAUCAGAAGCGGGGGGGAGAAGGUUAGAGAGUUUUUGAAGUUUGAUUGAGAGGAAGGGUCUGUGGUUGAUUGAUAUUUGGAGUUUGAUUUUGAGUGGAUUUUGGAGCUCGAUUUUUGUAUCCGGAGGUUGACGGAGGGCUUAUUUGCUGUGUCUGCUUCUGUUUAGUGAGUCUCUUCCCUCUUGUGCGAUUAUUUAUAUCUUGUUACAUGCUAAGUGUUGGUUGCUUUGUGUUACUAACCUUUUGCAUUUGGCAUGGGAGUACGAGGUGAGUCCCUUCCUGCUGUGUAAGUAGGUUUGUUUGUGGAUGAUAUAUUUGUUGAGUGCUUUACAUGCUUUAUUUGAUUAUUGUGGGAUAUAUGUUGCCUUUUUUCUGUGAUUGCCAUUGUGCAGGUUAUUGGAGUGUCAUGCCCCUUACACACACUCACU